AUGACGUUGAAUGAUACUGACGUUCAAAAACAGAUUCAACGCCUUAUUUCCUUCAUUGAUCAGGAGGCUAUUACUAAGGUAGAAGAGCUCGAUGCAAAAGCCGAAGAGGAAUUCCAAAUAGAAAAGGCGCGCAUUAUUCAACUACAGCGUAUUAAAAUUGGUGAACUCUAUCAAAAGAAAAUCAGGCAACUUGAGCUAGCCAAGAAAGUAAAGGAUUCGACUUUGAUGAAUGCCGCUCGUCUUAAAAUUCUUGUUAGUCGCGACAAUUACAUUAAUCAACUUUUGGAUGAAGCUCGUUCACGACUUCUAGAAAUUUCUAGGAAUCCUAAUCAAUAUUCAUCUGCGUUAAGUGGUCUUAUAACGCAGGGUUUGCUUCAGCUGGUAGAGUCUAACGUUAAUCUAAAGUGUCGUAGUGAGGACGUGGAUCUUGUUCAAUCACUUUUGCCCCAAUGUAUUGAGGAAUUCAAGCGUCAGACUGGCAUGAAUUGCAAUGUGACCAUAAAUUCAACUUCUUUUUUGCCCAAGGAUUGCUGUGGAGGCGUUGAACUUUCUGUUCGCCAAGGUCGCAUCUGUGUUAACAACACUCUGGACGCACGUUUAGAGCAGGUUGCGGAGAAGAUGAUGCCGCAGAUUCGAGAACAAUUGUUCGGUGUUAACAAGAAUAGAAAAUUCCGUACUUAG